AUGUCUUCAUCACACGCCAUCCUCAGCGCUGCCUCAGACGACCGAAAAGCUAGGCUCGCCAAGCUCAAGAACCUCAAACGCAAGCAACCUGGCGACGAAAUUGUUGCACCAGAAUCAGAAAGAGCCCAGUCUCCUCCCACAGAGCCAGAUGUCUCACGACUCCAUGUCUCUGGCCGCAACUACGACCCUGAAACCAGAGGUCCGAAGCUUGGUUUCGAGCAAGACCCAACCCUCAAUAUUGACAAGCCAACACUUGAAGAACAAGCUGCCGAAGUGGAAGCAGAGGUCAAGCAAAAGGCUGCAGAAGAAGCCCAAGACGAUAAAGGCGUCGAUUUAUUCAAACUACAACCGAAGAAGCCGAACUGGGAUUUGAAAAGGGAACUUGAUAGGAAAAUGGAGGUUCUCAACGUUCGAACCGAUAACGCCAUUGCGCGCUUGGUCCGCGAUCGUAUCACGGGCGCACAAAAGGCCGCCGCAAAGAGAGAUGCGGUUGAGGACGCUCAAGGCACUGGAGAAGCAACUGGCAUGGAUGGCCUGGCAUUGGUAGAAGGCCUGAGGGUCAGGGAAAAGGAGGAGGAGGAGGAAGAGCGUCGCGAACGGGAAGAAGAUGCUGCGCUAGGUGUAUAA